AUGACGAACAUCGAGGAUGAGGAAGCAGAGAGAGUGAAGCAAUGGAGGACAAAACAAAUACGGCUGUUGAGACUGGACUCGAGGUUUUCCCUCCCAUAUCCCAUGCGUCUCACGGCAGCAACAUCGCUCUCCUUCAUCACCGGCAUAGCUUUGGGAGUCUCCCAUGGUAGCCAGACGGCUGGACUACGCUUUAGAGCAGAGAAUGCCCAUCGACUACCAACUACACCGACAGGAUGGUAUCUCUAUCACAAGAGCAAGAAUUACGUUAUGGCUUUGGCAGGAGUCAGGGAAGGAUUGAAGAUGGGAGCCAAGGUUAGCUUCUGGACAGCAGGGUUCUUCAGUAUUGAAGAGAUGUUCGACCGAUAUCGAGGAACCAAAGAUUUUGUCAACACCGUUAUUGCGAGUCUCUCAAUUGCCGGCGGUUUCAGUUUGUGGAACCGAUUUCCCAUUACUACCGCAGCGAGAACGGCGAGGAGUGGACUAGCUAUCGGCUUGGCAUAUGGUCUCGCCCAAGAUGCAAUAGCAGCCGCAAAGGGACGAAAGCCAGCAUAUGUGGACUUCAUACAGCGAAGAGGACGUCGAAAAGCCGACGUAGAGAACUCCCAAAUGGCAUGA